AUGGCGUCCCUCAACGUGGAAUCCCUGUUUACUAAUGCCCUCGUCGACGAAACCAUAGGUAUCAUAUUGGAGAAGGUAUAUAGGAACCCCGACAUGGAACCUUUGAACAUCCUGGAACAAUCCCUCAAGGCACUCCUGGACAUCUGUAUGAAGAGAGCCCCCUUCACACCCCAGAGACAGAUGUACCACCAGAAAGAUGGUGUGGCGAUGGGCUCCCCCUUGGCCGUCCUCUUGGCUAAUUUUUAUAUGGAUACUGUCGAAGAGAGAGUCUUUUUGCAGCACAGACGUCCACGGACGUAUGCCAGAUACAUCGACAAUAUAUUUAUUCAAACUGAAAACUCCGAAGAAGAGGCCGAAGCACUUCUCCAGCAGUUCCUGAACAACAGCAUACUUAACUCUACAAUUGAGUUCAGAAGAGACGACCGGCUACCCUUCCUAGAUGUUCUAAUCACAAAGAUGAUCACGAAGAUGACCACUACUGUAUGUACAAAAUUGACUAACCAGGGACUCUGCCUGAAUUUAGAGAGUGAGUGCCCUGCGAGGUUCAAAACCACCACCAUCAGGGCUUUCGUCAGGAGAGCCCUUAUGCACUGUUCAUCGUGGCAGGGCACACACACAGAAUUAGAUCGAGUACCACAAAUGCUAGUUAACAAUGGCUAUCCAAACAAAAUGAUUAGCAGGGAGAUAAAGAAAGACUUAAACGAAUGGUACAUGGCAGAUGAAGAGAAUAAGGAGAAUCCCCCUUCCAAGGAUAUACUCCUUUUCUACAAGUCCUUCAUGCACCAGAGAUAUAAGGAAGAGAAGUGCAUUAGACAGAUCGUGAAUGAGAACAUCACCCCUAUGGAGGAAGGGAAGAAGCUCUCGCUGGUAAUAUAUUAUAAGAACCACAGGACAAGAGACCUGGUAAUGAGGAAUAACCCUGCCCCUCCUGCUGGACACCCCCUGAAUCUAUAUUGGUAG